AUGCCCAGGAGAGCAAACGAUAGCGCAAGGUCACUUCUAGCGCCGGUCCUGACUGCUGUCCUCUGCCUCUUUAGGUUGGCCGCCCUGCCAGAGAAACCCCCGGCCAUCGACUGGGCUCACUACAAGGCUGCUGUUGCCAAGGCUGGCAUGGUGGAUGAGUUCCAGAAGAAGUUCAGUGCACUAAAGGUUCCUGAGCCGGUGGAUACACAGACUGCCAAAAUUGAUGCCCAAGAGCGGGAAGCUGCAAAGAGCACUGCUGAGUAUGUGCAGGCUUCCAAAGCUCGUAUUGCCCAGUAUGAGCAACAACUUCAGAAGCUCAGAAGCAUGAUUCCCUUUGAACAGAUGACGUUUGAAGACUUGCAUGAAGCCUUCCCUGAAACCAAACUGGACAAGGAGAAAUAUCCGUACUGGCCCCACAGACCGAUUGCUGAUCUGUAAACUUGUCUGGAAGCAGUUUGUCUAACGACUGUCAGACUCUACGAUCUUCUAAAUAAAAUGCUUUCCCUCCUGUUUGUGGCUUAGAUCUUAGACGUGAGGUUGCAAGGUUUUGAGAAACGUGGAACAAUACACUAACUUGCAA